AAUCUACAGGAAGUGUUGUGUAAAUGCAGUCUGACUAUAUUGGAAUCACAUUCUACUAUUCUAGAAGAAUCUGAUACUGCAUCCGAUAGUCCUUUGUUAAAAUCAUUUUCUUCUUGCAGUUUAAAUAAAGUUCCUUUAUCAAACGUUUCUAUACAGUACAGUUCUGCUGCUUGUACCUGUUAUUUAAAUUUGCUACCAAAAGGAGAAGAUGAUGAAACUCUGAAUAGAAACAAUUACUUAAGGCAAAAUGUGAUGGUGCCACUAUCAUGGGCAAUAAGUAGAGCUUUACGAUAUGAGCCUUCAGAUCCUAUUCAUUACAUAGCUCAACAAUUGUUACGUUGGAAAUAUAAUAAUGUUCCACAAGAGGAAGUAUAUCAUGCUCAACAAUUUGUCGCUUCUGCUACAAUAAUAAUGGAUCGAAGACUUAUGGAAAAACGGAAGCGUGAAGAAGAAGAUGCCAUUAGACUCUUAAAUGAAGCUGCUAUGAAAGAUAUUAUUUGCAACCCAUGUUUAGAGCGACAAAAAUUAUAUCGCAUUAAAGAGCGUUGUUGGAAAUGUACAAAAGUACCAGUAUCAGCACAAAUAAAAUAAAUUUGCAAAAAGAAACAAUAUCACAUUAAGGAGCGAAAAAAAGAUAAAGCUUUUGAAAGAUGUUUUGAAAAUUGUUAAAAACUGUUGGAAAAUAAUCAAUAUUUCUUCUAAAAAUGACUAGAGAAGACAAUGUAAAUUUCUUAAAAAAUUCGUUUAUUUCAUAUUUGGACUUGUACAUUUAUCAGAACAAUAUUUCA